GUCAGGAAAGAAAUUUAUUUGUUUCGCUCUCUGGUCUGGAGUGUUCUUUGUUAAAGUCAGGUGAAGAUGUUAAGGUCAGAUGUUUUCUUUUCAGGCCAAGAUGUAUUGUUCCCUAUGAAUAGGCCUGGGGGAAGUCAUUAAUUCAGUGUACAUGUUUUAUCUGUUGUUUAGCACACAUUUAGGAAGCCUCUUUUUAAUACAAGUAUUUUCCUUUGUAAGAUCAUUUCCUCUCCAAAUAUUUGUAGUCAUGUUUUUAGAAUUUACUUAGUAACCGUAGGGUAUAUUAAGAGGUGGAUUUUCUGAAAUCGAGGAGAACCACCUAAGCUAUAAUAGACUAAACGUCAUGUUAGUCGGCAGUUAAAGUCAAUAUCUGAGGGUAAUUCCACGUCGGGACGAGAGGCUAGCUCAACUGCCACCCGGUUCUCCAUAUCUUUCGUCGGGGGCUAGCUCUUGUCUGGGAUCGGGACACACACCAUCGUAUCUCAGUCUGCGGAGGCCAAGAAUCCGGAGCGACUACCGGGGCCAAGUGGAGCAAAGACACCGUCUGCGGAGGCCAGGGCCAAGUGGACGACACGAGCUGUGACCGGCGUCGAUGUCAGACGGGAAACUACCCAUCCAGAAUUAUUUUUGUUAAAGAUAAGUUUAUUUACAUACUGUAUUAUUGUUGAAGCCAAAACAAAGUCUGUGAAACAGGAGAAAUGAUUGGAAAUUAAACAUUACAAUUUAACUUUAAUUAACAAGCUCUAUUUCCCUUUAUUUUGUGUGUCCGUAGCAAUAAUAAAAAAUAAAAAAAAGUCUCUCACGUGACAAUUUGGAGGUCCCACCGAGACAUUGCUACUUAUAAAUAAUUUCAAAAAGGGAAUUAGAUAUUUCUCCCCCUCUUUUCCCCGCAUACGAAUUUGAUGUGUAAUUGAUGUUUGGGGUUGAAAUACAGGUUAAAAGAAAUUAUCAAUGCUAGGUUGAUAAAAGCAAUAAUGUCAAGAGUUUAGUGGAUUCUCCCCAAGGUUAAGCCCUUGGUAACGCCUAUAGGCUAGGAUAGUGCUUAGGCGGGUUGUGCAUUAUGCAUGAUAUUUUGCUCGAUUAGAGAUUCCAGGUUUGAACUACUAUAGGCUUUGAAUGUUCAUGUUGUGAAGUUGACCGGUGUUUCGCAUGGUUGAAAUUUGUGUUCUCGUUAGGAGAAAUUCUAGUGUGCUUGUUAGAAGGCACUAGGGGUUAAUUGUCUGGUGUGAAGCGGACCGGUGUUUCGCAUGGUUGAAUUAAUUGUAUGCUCAUUGGGAGAUACAUUCUAGUGUGCUUGUUAGAAGGCACUAGGGGUUGGCAUUUGUUGCCGGUGUUAAAGCCUAGGUUUUUGUAGUUUUGGAAUCGUUGUUUAGUCGCUAUGGCUAGUGUCGAGCAAAUUAAAGAGUUUUCUACUUUAGGUAGGGAAAUAGGUCUUAGUGGAGGCGGGUUGAGUAGUUUCGUUUCUGAACGCUGUCAGGCGGUAGAAAGAGAAAGAGAGCGUGAACAUGAGCUCAAGUUAGCACAGUUGCGUAAGGAUGAAGGAAAUAAUGUAGCUCAGUUAGGUGGGGUUAAACUUGUUGUCGGUCAAUUUGAUGAUGCCCACGAUAAAUUUGAUGCUUACAUUACCAAGUUUGAAAUGAUCCUGAAAAGUCAAAAAAUCCCUAAUGACGUGUGGGUACUACAUCUAAUCUCUAAUUUGAAAGGGAAGGCCUUAGAUGUAGUGAAUAGGAUGAGUACAGAUGAUCGCCAGAAAUAUACCGUGGUUAAGAGUGAGUUAAUGCAAUCUUAUAAUCUCACUGAGGAGGGGUAUAGGCGUAGUUUCAGAUCUGUUAGGCCUUUGAAUUCAGAACGCCCAAAACAGUUUGCUAAUCGGAUGAAAGGUCAUUUUGAUAAUUGGAUAGGUGCGUCUAAGAUAGACAAUAGUAGGGCUGCUUUUGAGGAUCUGAUGUUGCGAGAGCAAUUUUUGAUUGAUUGUCCAAAAGAGGUUGCUAGGUUCAUCGGGGAACGGAAAUGCACGAAGUUUGACGAGGCAGUGGAGUGUGCAGAGGUUUAUGUUAGUGCACACGGACCUCAUGUUUUCUUUGGUGGAGAGGAAUCCGAAAGAAGCCGAUCAGAUCCGGAAGGGGGUAGUAAGGGCCCUAAUCAAGUAGAUAAGACUAAUGCAAAAUUGGGCGAGGUUCAAGCUAGGGCAAAGAAAGUGGAAGGUAGUAAGCCCUUCCAAAAGAAGGGGUGUUAUAUGUGUGGGAAUCCCAAUCACAUGAAGAGGGAGUGUCCCCUGUUAGUGAAGUCUAUGGCGGCUCAGGGUAUGAUGUUGUUAGGGGGUGAUGAAGUCCCCGGGGUAGAUGCUGUUCAUAAUAAGCCUAAUGAGGGUGAGAUUGAAUCUGAGGCCGUAGAGUUGACAGCAGCUUGCAUUGCUGAGUGGGUGGUCGAUAGUGAAGUCAUUGAAGAGGUUGGAAUGGCUUACGAUGAUAUUGAGGCGAUGGUCAAUGAUAUGCCUGUCGUGUCUGGGAGGUUGAUGCCUGGGAAUGUUCCCGUUUCCGUGCUACGCGAUUCAGGUUGUAGUACUUGUGUUGUGAGAGAAGCGUUAGUUAGGAAAGAGCAAUUCACAGGUCGUCAUGUUAGAGUCAGGUUAAUUGAUGAAACGAUAAGGCGUUUCCCCUUGGCAAGAAUCGUUGUUGAUUCGCCUUAUUUCGAAGGAGAGGUUGUGGCAGUGUGUAUGCCUAAAUGUUUGAAUGAUGUAAUCAUUGGUAAUGUGAGAGGGGCUCGUCCACCAAAAGAGCCUAAUAUCCAUUGGGUUCCUAAGGCUGACAUAGAGGUCACGCCGGAGGUCGUGCCGGAGGUCACUGGUUUGGAAGAUUCGAAGUUGGAGAACCACCUAAGCUAUAAUAGACUAAACGUCAUGUUAGUCGGCAGUUAAAGUCAAUAUCUGAGGGUAAUUCCACGUCGGGACGAGAGGCUAGCUCAACUGCCACCCGGUUCUCCAUAUCUUUCGUCGGGGGCUAGCUCUUGUCUGGGAUCGGGACACACACCAUCGUAUCUCAGUCUGCGGAGGCCAAGAAUCCGGAGCGACUACCGGGGCCAAGUGGAGCAAAGACACCGUCUGCGGAGGCCAGGGCCAAGUGGACGACACGAGCUGUGACCGGCGUCGAUGUCAGACGGGAAACUACCCAUCCAGAAUUAUUUUUGUUAAAGAUAAGUUUAUUUACAUACUGUAUUAUUGUUGAAGCCAAAACAAAGUCUGUGAAACAGGAGAAAUGAUUGGAAAUUAAACAUUACAAUUUAACUUUAA